AUGGAUGGGGCCGGGGAGGUGGAGGAGUCCCCCGGGCUGUUCGCAGAGACAGAGGCCGUAGCCGCGGGCUGGAUGCUGGAGUUCAUCUGCUACGCGCUGUGCCGGCACUUCCGGGAGGGGCGCACGCGGGACUUCGAGCGGAGCCGGGACACGGCGCAGGCUAUUAUUAAUGGACUGUCCAAAAUAGCCACUCAUCAGAUGAAAACAGUGUACCUGUGUCAGUUUUUGACACGAAUUUCAGAAGGAAAAACACUUGGUCAUCGCUUUGAAAGCGAUCAGAGAAUUUCACCUUUGGAAUCUGCUCUGUCAAUUUGGAAAUUGCUUGAAGAAGAGCAAAGCAAACCAGAUAACCUGCAUGAAGACAUUCAUCGCUUAAUUUUGAUUCAGGCUGUAGCCGUCCACAUAGAGAGAGGAUACUUUAAGGAAGCUACAGAAGUCCUUGAAAGACUAUUUGCAGAAUCGGAAUCCAAUAAGGCUUUAAGAAUGAAGCUGGCCUUAAUAAUUAAUGGGAACAAUCCAGAUCUGCCUUUUCUUCAGAGCUUCAGUUACAAUCUCUUGAUCGAUAAAAUCAAGUCUUACAUUGAUGUUUUCUUGACAGAAAACUCAACGAACUUUCUAAUCAAGGCAGCCACAAAAGAGGUGGAGACUAAAAGAUUGGAAGCAACAAUGUCACACAAUAAACCUGAAAAUACUAUUGAAACAAAUAAUGAAAGUAAUUUGGAAACAGAACAAAGUAAUCUAGAAGAUCAGAGAAGUAUUGCAGAUGAAUCAUCCGAGAAUGCAAGAGAACAUCUAAAAAGGUCACGCAAACGCCUUUAUUCCUUAGCACAGCCCACCCUCUGGAAGCUAGAAAACGUGCCUUCUAAUGAGAUAACAAAACACAAUAAAACCAGUUGUCUUCAAAGUCUCAGUGAUUUGCAGAACAUUGAAAAUGAUGGAAAAUCUCUGUCUCACAGCCAAACUGGCCGAAAGAAGCGGCGAUGGACUUGGGAAGAAGACAGUAGACUGAAGGAUGGGGUAAAGAAGUUUGGAGUGGGAAAUUGGAAUAAAAUUCUGAUUCAUUAUGACUUCAACAACCGAACCAGUGUCAUGUUAAAAGACAGAUGGAGAACUAUGAUCAAGAAAGACAUUGCUUAG